GAGCUGGAACAUUUUGUUUAUGAAGCCAAAUUAGUUGCUACUGCUGGCAGACUGUGGUGUCCCUGUAGUUUUGGUAGCAUACUUAUUUGAACAACAAAAAGCCAACGAAUUGUUGACAGACUGGCGUUUAACCCCUUUGAAGAACUACUAGAGACGGUAGACGCAAGGACGUCAAACUUAAUUAGUUUCGAGUUUAAGUAAUGAAAGAGAAACACCUUUCUUCAUGCUUACUUUCCACAAAAAAAGAGCUAUGGAUAUUUGUGACGCCAAGAAGAGGAGAAAGGUAAGCGGCAGUGUUCGGGGCUGCAGGCGGAGCGCGGCUGGGAAAAUGAAGCGGGAGGCUUGCAAAGUCCUCCGUUCACUCACGGUGGAGGACAACAACAAUCACACUGAACCCAUGGAGGAGGAGGACGACGACAACUGCUUCUCCAUCAGUUACCUCCGGAAUGACUGCCUGGAAGAGCCUGCCGUGGUGGUGGCCCCGCGGUACAGCCUGCUGCGGGAGGUCGGACGGGGAACCUACGGGGUUGUAUACGAAGCAAUAGCCCGUAAAACGGGGGCCAGGGUCGCGGUGAAGAGGCUUCAAUGCGACGCCCCGGAGAACGUAGAGCUGGGUUUGGCCGAAUUCUGGGCCCUCACGAGCUUGGAGAACCGACACCAGAAUGUGGUGCAGCUGGAGGAAUGUGUCUUACAGAGGAACGGUCUGGCUCAGAAGAUGAGCCACGGCAACAAGAGGUCUAAACAGUACCUGCGCCUGGUGGAGACAUCCCUCAAAGGAGAGCGUAUCCUGGGUUACCCAGAGGAGCCAUGCUAUCUCUGGUUUGUCAUGGAGUUUUGUGAGGGCGGAGACCUCAACCAGUACAUCUUGUCCCGACGGCCUGACCCCCACACUAACAAGAGUUUUAUGCGUCAACUGACCUGUGCUGUUGCUUUUCUCCACAAGAAUAACAUUGUCCAUCGUGAUCUGAAGCCCGACAACAUUCUCAUUUCACAAAAAUCUGGCUCACCAGUUCUUAAAGUGGCUGACUUUGGCCUCAGUAAAGUCUGUGCUGGUCUGAACUCCAAGAACGGUGAUGAACACCAUGCAGUAGGCUGCAAAGGCAGCAACCAGAAUAAUAACAUCAAUGUAAACAAGUUCUGGUUAUCGUCUGCAUGUGGCUCAGACUUUUACAUGGCUCCAGAGGUGUGGGAGGGCCACUACACGGCUAAAGCUGAUAUUUUUGCCCUGGGCAUCAUCAUUUGGGCCAUGCUUGAGCGGAUCACUUUCAUUGAUGCAGAGUCAAAGCGUGAACUGCUGGGCACCUACAUACGGCAGGGGUCGGAGAUUGUACCUGUUGGGGAGGCGCUGUUGGAGAACCCCAAAAUGGUUCUCCACAUUCCUCAGAAGGCCAGGAGUACCAUGUCUGAGGGGGUUAAGAAACUUCUCCACGACAUGCUUGCAGUCAACCCUCAGGACCGGCCUGAUGCCUUCCAGCUGGAAGUGCGCAUGGACCAAGUGACAUGUGCUGCAUAACAGCCCCCACCUUCCCUUUUUACCUCAACCAGUCCAAGAAGCGACCUCUUUCUUUCUCAGCUUUGUUUACUACAUGGACAUGGACUCAAGUGGAAAAUAACAACAUACUCAACUGUGGACAAUCCACAUCAGCAACUGGAGUGGAAAGUGUUGAACUGGUUAAUGAUUCCAAAACCCUCAGAUGGGAACACCCCCAGCAGCGUCCACAUCCCUUUCACCAUGGAGAAGAGGACAUUUGUUUUAAUCUGUAUUAGACAAGGGGUAUAUGUUGUUUUAUGAUUUUAAUUCAGAUCCCCAUAUAGACUGCUCUUCUUAACAUGUCAAAUGUAAGCAAUGUGGCAAAGGUGACUUUGACACACCACUAUUCUAAAGGGAAAGCAUGCAUUGCCCUGAUACAUGAAUAAUUCUCAGCAACAGACAACACUAGUAGUCUCUUCUUACCCGUGAGCCCUAUAAUUCCCUGGUGCCUUAAAAAAAAAAAAAAAGAACUCACACAAAGUGCGAUUGGAUCAAUAGAAAUUUAAAAACACCAGGACAGAAAUUUGAUUCAGCGUAAAAAAAAAAAAAACAGUUAGGAACCAUUUUUUACUGGCCUCUGUCAAAACAUACCACUGUAUUUUUUUCUUUCUUUGACGUCAUGAUGUUUCAAACAAUAUUCCUGGAUUUAAUAAGCAACAAUGUGAUCAUCACUUCCUCUGCCCAAAGUCUUGAGUGCAAUAAUGAUGCUUGUCUCUACCCAGUCCAUACAAGAAACUUGCAUGUGUGAUAAUACUACUUCCUGUUUCCAGUAUUUCAGAAGUAAAAUGGAUUCCAGAUUGAAUUAAUAGUAUCUCUGGUACAGAUUGGGUAGUGAAAUGGAAGAAAUUUUACCAGUAAAGAUGGAUGCUUUGCAACUCUGUGACAUGUUCUAAAGGCAGUCAAGUUGUGUUUUGUCUUUGUGUACUGUCCACACAUCAGAAGUAGCAGUCCUGUCUGAGCUUCAUAUAGUUAUGCUCAUUUGUAACCAAAUAAUGUCCUGCAGAGAAAUUUAAGUAGGUGUUAUUGGGCAUUAGUUCCUGUUGAAUCCAAAGAGCCGAAGCUAGACAAAUCUGUCACUGUAAAUUUAGCUAAAUUAGCAUAACGCAUGAUCAAGACAUGAUAAUUUGAAUGAUUACCAAGCAGGCUGUUUAUGAGGGAAGCCUUGUGGGGGUUUUUUGUUUGUUUUAUUUUUGUUGUUUUGAUGACAUAAAUAUGAAUUACUUUUGUUAAAAUUGUGCUGAAUGUUUUUACAUUAAUGCUCAAGGUGGUUCUAUAAGAUUCCUCACAUACUGAUGUAACAAUUUGCUCUAAACUUGGGUAAUUUUUCAGGCUUUCAGUCAUGAAGGGAUACAGAGCAUUGUUUUAAACUCACAUCUGCUACGAUUUGAGUCUUAAGGUUUCUGAUAUGAAUGGCAUUUUGUGGGAAAAGGGCUAGCAGGGUUGUGCCAUCUGUGACUGAAUUCUUUUGUCUGACUCGGAGACUCGCAGGAAAUUAGAAGAUUUGGCAUCUGGAAAUAAUCCCCAAAUCAGACACAGGGUGCCCAGCCCAGGCCCUCUGUGCUGUCUUUCCUUACUGAAGGGUGUCAGACACUUUGCAGUGAUAUGUGAAGUUUGGGAUACUGUUUCAGACACAAUAGGGCACACAAUGGUCAUAGCCUACAGAAGAGUAUUAGGGCUACAGUAAGGACUAAAUGAGUGAUCAGAGGAAAGUGGUAUUUGUUACUGACAUCAGCUUAGUUUCAGUGACUUUUCCUACUGACAGCAGAGGAGUUGAGUAGUGUACUGAAAAACCUGAAUGGCUUUGUAGCUCUUAACUGGAAAUGAAAUGAUGGCAUCAAGCACUGAAUUCCAAAACAAAGAAUAAAAUCAAAACUGUGCUGUAGCAGUAGCAGUAGACUCAAAUGUUCCAAAGAAUAGUUUGUUUGUUGAUCCAGAGCAAAAAAAAGAAAACAAAUUUUACACUAGUUAGAAAAAACAUUUUAAAAAAUGUUUCCCUCUCACUGUGUCCUAAUGCUUGAAAUAGCAUUAGGACAAGUGUUGAUUGUGUCUUACAUAACUCAAGAUGCAUAGGUGCUGUCAGUGGCCUCCCAUCUAAAGAUGUGAGAUGGUACUUGAAGGUGUUGAGCGACUGUGUGUUCAGUUGGAAUGCAAAGGGUCAAAGGCACACAUUUCAUCAGAGGUUGGUAUGUUUCACACCUGGAAGGCUGUAAUGUCCUUAUGCUGUGUUCAAACCAAAUGUCAGGCCAACUUUGACCUCAGGUUACAUGAAUACUGACACUGAAGUGUUUUUGGAGUAUUUUCAAAAAAUGUAAAUAUUCGCACUUAAUAACCAGUAGAAGCUAACACCUAAUUCACGGUUAAGUACACCUGUUAGCUCAAAUAAAGUAAUAUAUGUGUAUUUGUAAAAUCAGUGGUUGUGCAGUUUGAUCCUCUUUACCCAGGCUCCAUAACAGAAGAUAGCUCACAGAGCUCAUUUGUCGCCAACCAUGUUAAUGGAUUAGCAAGUUAACUUGUAAGAUUUGACCGCAAGUCCACUAAUUGGUUUGUGUUAAUUCUGUACUAGCUCCCAGUUUGACAGUACAGGGUAUAAGGUAUUAUACCAUGACACUUAUGUCUUACAGACCAUAAGAACACAUCUAAGCAUUGUGAUAAUUCAUGAUUAUAACAAUUAUAAUGAUAUCUUAGUGCCUUACUAAUGUGAUGUUCUGUCUCACAGAGGCAUUUUGUGUUGUGUUUACGGUCUACUCUCAUGUGUUUGAUUUACCAUUAAUGUCAGAUUAGUAACACCACAAAUGCUAUCGGUUACUGGGUUUAUGAUGGGUAAGUUAAACUGACAGCUUCCUUAUCUCUGUUAAGAGUGAAACACAUGUAACAGCAGUAAAUGAUUUCAUCUUUGCAUUAACUUCUAGUGUAAGAAAUUCAUGUCAGGUUUGGGCUGAACACAGCACAAGUCUCCAAACAAAUGACCAAAUACUUUUGGUUUCAUAGUACUUGGUAGCAUUUAGUGGAUUGACUCAGCAGUGGCAGACUUAAAGGUAUUUUGUAGUGUGCUCCUACCUCAUUCUUAGUUUUCUUACAGACCUUACCUACCUUUACAGUCUCCGUAGAAAACCUUGUCUUUGUUUCUGAUACAGAAAGAAUAGGGUUUUUUUUUUAAACCUCAGACCUCUCUUCAGUUGUGACCCAAUUUCUGUCAUGUUUUUGCUCAACUACAAGUAAUGCCUAACCUUUUACUCAAAAAUUGCUUCUUAUCUGCAACUUUUAUUCUUUUACUCCAAAAUGUAUGAUGUGUGAUGCUAAAAUAUUUGCAUCCAAAAACUAAUGUUCCCAUAUUGUAGAAAGGCUUCCGUAUCCAUGUUUCUGUAACAUAUCUUCUGGAUACAUUAUAGUAUUAUGUUACAAAAUAUGGAUGGAAGCUAGGUGUUCUGUAGUCUAUACACAGACUCAAUUUAAUGGCUCUCAACCAGUUUAUUAAGUCAUAUAUAAUUCAUUUUUAUUUUUAUGCAGUUGCAAAUGUCAAAAAAAUUAGUUCUAUGAAAAUUACAGAAUAUCUUGGAGGUCUAGAACAACUAAGACUCCACAUAUAAAUGGACUUAGUGGUG